AUAUAUAUACCGUAGUACUUUCUUACAUUCUAAAAAGAAAAAGAAUUUCUAGGGUCGGGGCACACACUGUUUGAACAUUCAUUCAUUCAUAUUCGUGGUUGAAGCAAAACCUACUCAUCAAUUCCAUUAUUCCUCAUCAAUCAGAUCUCGUCACUCUCCGAUCUUCAAAUCCCCAACAACAAUGGUCAGAGGAUUUCUCAACAAACUCCUCUCCGUCGCCGGCAAAUGGCAGACCCAACAGCUCCGCCGCCUCAACAUCCACGAGUAUCAGGGUGCCGAACUUAUGAGCAAAUACGGGGUUAACGUUCCGAGAGGUGUCGCUGUUUCUUCCGUUGAAGAAACCCGAAAAGCCAUCAAAGAGGCAUUCCCCAAUCAAAACGAGUUGGUGGUUAAGAGUCAAAUUUUAGCCGGUGGACGAGGUUUGGGGACUUUUACAAGUGGCCUUAAGGGAGGAGUACAUAUUGUUAAGACUGAUCAGGUUGAAGACAUAGCUGGGAAGAUGCUUGGGCAGAUACUAGUUACAAAACAGACAGGUCCUCAGGGAAAAGUUGUCAGCAAGGUUUACUUGUGUGAAAAGCUGUCGCUUGUGAAUGAGAUGUACUUUGCUAUAACUCUGGAUCGUAAGACUGCUGGUCCAAUUAUUAUUGCUUGUAGAAAGGGAGGAACGAGCAUUGAAGACCUUGCAGAGAAAUUUCCAGACAUGAUUGUAAAGGUGCCUAUUGAUGUUUUUGAAGGAAUUACCGAUGAAGAUGCUGCAAAGGUUGUUGAUGGUUUGGCUCCCAAAGUGGCAGAUAGAAAUCAAUCCAUUGAACAAGUGAAGAAUUUGUAUAAACUUUUUGUUGAUUCUGACUGCACUCUUUUGGAAAUCAAUCCCAUGGCCGAGACAGCUGAUAACCAACUAGUGGCUGCUGAUGCUAAGUUGAAUUUUGAUGAUAAUGCUGCAUAUCGCCAGAAAGAGAUAUUCAAACUUCGUGAUACAACACAAGAGGAUCCUCGAGAGGUGACUGCUGCAAAGGCGGAUUUAAAUUAUAUUGGGUUAGAUGGAGAAAUUGGAUGCAUGGUGAAUGGCGCAGGGUUAGCAAUGGCCACAAUGGAUAUAAUCAAGUUACAUGGGGGUACUCCUGCCAAUUUUCUGGAUGUAGGUGGCAAUGCCUCUGAAGGCCAGGUGGUUGAAGCAUUUAAGAUAUUGACUGCUGAUGACAAAGUGAAGGCGAUUUUGGUUAACAUCUUUGGUGGUAUAAUGAAGUGUGAUGUUAUAGCAAGUGGAAUAGUAAAUGCUGCAAAACAGGUUGACCUAAAAGUACCGGUAAUAGUUCGUCUUGAAGGCACCAAUGUUGAUCAAGGGAAAAGAAUUUUGAAGGAAAGUGGUAUGGCACUAAUAACGGCUGAAGAUUUGGAUGAUGCAGCUCAGAAAGCAGUGAAAGCUUACAAAUGAAGGGUUAAUUUUGUUGAAAUUUUAAAACCAGUUUAGUUAAAACAUUAUUUUCCGAGUUAUCAAUUAUUAGACUAGAAGGGAAUAGAUACAAGAAAUCUUCUUCUCAUUGAAGCCGCAAUGGCUAUUAAAGCAUUUCAAAUAAGUAAACAACACUUUCUACAUUAUUGUUCAAUUAGGUUUAUGCACAUGAUUACGUGGCUUCUCUUUUACAUUUCAAGAUAGGUUGAGUUCUCUCUGAUCUUUAUGUGAAUAACAUGAAAAUGUUCACUUGUGAACUUACGAAGCAAGACUAGCUUAUUAUGGUAUUAUAUUUCUAUAGUUUAUUAUCUAAAA